UUCCGCUCCAACGGACGGAGGGUGAGGUCGGUGCGCGGUGGCGUCACGGCGCCAGCUCCUCCCGACGCCGAGGUGGUUUCCGGGAGACCCGCGGGUCUGGCUGCGAGAGACCAUGGGGGCUCAGCUAAGCGGUGGCCGCGGCGCCCCGGAGCCUGCGCAGCCCCAGCCCCAGCCCCAGCCUGCGGCGCCGGAGGGCCAGGAACAGCCCCGGCCUCCGCCCCAGCCCCAGCCCCAGCCCCAGCCCCAGCCCCAGCCUGAGCCCAGCCCGUGGGGGCCGUUGGACGAUGUGCGCUUCCUCAUCGCCUGCACUUCCUGGUACUGACGGCGUCCUCCGGAGGAUGUCGCCCGUCUGUCCGCCGUCCCCUGUGGUUCUUGCCUGCCUUGUCUCCUCUCCCCACGUCCCUGCAUCUCUCACACCCCCUCCCACCCGAGGCUUCCCAGAGAUAGCAGAGAAUUCGAAGAGGUCGCCAAGGACUGGAAAGAAGUCCCGGCAGGGCCGCCUUCGCAACCUACACCCCAGCCUGCUUCCCAGCCUGCACUCAGACCCAGCUCAGACCUUCGUGGCCACCCCAUCCCUUUCUCCGGCUGGCUGGGUCGGGGGCAUCCCUCUCUGUCGCUGGCUUCCAGAGGCAGGGCAGGCCUCCUGGUAAGCUUGCAAACCUGCUGACCACUUGACUUCGUCUGCCUUUUAUUAAUAUCUUCAUUGUUGAUAACCAUGAUCUUGACUAUGUAUCCCAGGUCAUGGCACCAGGGGCCUUGACUUUGGAGAAGCCCUUGCCACAGUGACCCUCCCCAUGCUCCUGAGGGGGCUGCUCCCCAUCCUGGAUCCUAAGGAGGCAUCAUCAGGCUGUGUUCCUGGAACUCCAAUAACCCUGGGCCCCCAGGGCCAGCCUGUUGUAGAGGGAGGAUAUCUGACUGCCGGUCUGGCAGACGAGAUGCUUGGGCAGCUCCCAGACACCCCAAAGGAUCCAGUUCUCCUCCCAGAGCGUCUUAAGUUUACUCUUGGAACCUGAUCUUUGUUCCCUCAUCCCAGGGAAAUGACACACUGUGUAUUUCUGUUUUAUUUAGAAAUGAUUUAAAAAACAUUAUACAAAGGCUGAUCAGUUUAAAAUGUGACUGACACUGAAAUGCUGUGAUGUCCCCCAGGCUGAGGGGAAGCUAGGCUCUGGGGCCCCCAGUGCUUUGCCCCUCUGUCUGCCCUGUCCUGGGGUGAUGGACAAACAGAUGACCACAGGCAGGAGAAUCUGAGAUUGGAAGCCUCUAGGCUGAGCCCUCUGGGCCUGGCCCCACAUCCCUCACCUCUGCAGCCUGGGCUGCCUGCCUCCAUCUCCUGUUCAUUCUCAGCUGGCCUGCCAGGAGCCAACGGGGAGCCUGGCGGGAGGCGGGGGUGCCUAGAGCUUUCAAGAAGUGAGAGCACCAACCUGAGGAGUGGACAGGGACCAGGAAGUGGGGGAAGGGAGGCCAGGAAGAGGUGGAUACAGGAGAUACUUCUCAUCUCAUCUCAGACCCUAGAAGGGUCCACAGAUGGGGACACAAGACCCAGCCAGCCCACUGGAUGGCCCGGGCAAGUAACAACCUCUCUGUGCUUCAUCUGAGGGCAUGGUGAGAGUUACGUCGGCCUCCCAGGGCCUAACACGAGUUUCAUGUGAGUGGACAGGUGUGAGCUAAUAAAGUGCUUUGCAAAGUAUAAAA